AUGGAAAUAGAAAAUCUUUAUUUUGAUGGCAGAAACCAACUCACCUUUAAUUAUUUAUAUCUUAUUGGAAGUUAUUAUAGUUGUUGUUAUGAUUUUGUUAUUUUAUUUAAUGAUGAUUGUGAUGAUCAUGUAAUGUCUGUUCAAUUACAUAUAAGUAAUAUUAGUGUAAAUGACAAAGAGCAGGCAUCAGCAGGUGGUGUUAUCCUUAUCCAAUUUAAUUUGGAGAUUGUAAUUUGGACCUUUUUAGAGUAUCUUUCAUCACUGUAUAAUAUACAUCCAGCUAACAAUCUCAAGAUUAAACAAAAAACUUUACGUCUUUUAAUAUUAAUCUGGGCAGUUGUUCGAAAGACAGCUGCCUUAUCUUGA